AUGACUAGACAUGAAACCAUCAUUGAUCUCUUCAGUGACACAAAAUCACUCCCGACCCCUAAAAUGCGACAAGCAAUGAUGGAGGCAGUGGUCGGAGACGAACAAGCAGACGAAGACCCGACGAUCCUGAAGCUCUGCGACAAAGUUGCCACACUUCUAGGGCAGGACGCCGCCGUAUUUAUGCCAUCUGGAACCAUGUGCAAUCAGGUCGCCAUUGCUGUCCACUGUCGACCAGGGGAUGAAGUAGUUUGCGACCGCACUGCGCACAUCCUGAACGCUGAAGGCGGCGGUCCAGCAGCUACCUCGGGUGUAACAACGUAUCCGAUUGAUGGUGAGCACGGGGUAUUUGACCGGAUGGCCCUGCGGCGGGCAAUUCGCCCUGAGUCCCGAUAUACCCCGACAAGUCGACUGGUUGUGAUCGAGCAGACUUCAAAUCUAGGCGGCGGGACAAUAUGGCCGUCAGAUACAAUCCGUGGCGUUGUUGAGGAAGCUCGAAACGCCGGUCUCAGUUUGCAUAUGGACGGGGCGCGAUUGCUCAAUGCACAGGUCGCGACGGGAAUCGAUGCGAAAGAGUAUGCUAGGCUCUUCGACUCGGUGUGGAUUGACCUAUCAAAGGGGCUCGGCGCUCCUGUAGGUGCGGUCCUUGCCGGUUCGUUUGAUUUUGUCCAAAGAGCCUGGCGGGUAAAGCAACGAUUAGGGGGUGCGAUGCGACAAGCUGGAUUUCUUGCUGCGGCUGGUAUUUAUGCUCUGGACCAUCAUGUGGAUCGGCUAGCCGAGGAUCAUGAAAAUGCGCAACUUCUUGCGACAGGUCUGGCGAAGAUUGAUGGAAUAUCAAUCCCCUUGAGCCACGUUCAAACUAAUAUCAUAUUCAUGGACGUCAGCGGUACCGGAAUCUCUUCCACGGAGUUCGUCGCGGGAAUGAAAAGCCGAGGGGUUCUUUUUGGAGAUUUUGGCUCUGCCGGAGUGCGUGCUGUGACUUAUAUAAAUUGCACACGACGGGAUAUUGAAAGGGUGUUGCAGAUAGUGACUGACUUUGUCAAAGACUUUCAAAAGCUAUCCUAA